AAAACAUUUUCAUAAAAAAAAACAAUGCGUUCGUUUAUCGUUUAGCUUUGCAUUUAUUUCAAUCUAACUUUUCAAUUUCAAUUGAAGCCGAUUAAUUAAUUUAUGACAUCGUAAAUAAUUUCUUCCUGGUUAUAAUACAAGUUCCAGUUAAUUCUAAAACAUAAAUCAUGGUAAAACUCACUACAGAAUUGAUACAAAAUUCAAUGCAAUAUAUGAACCCAUGUAAAGACCGGGAACUUGAUCUUAGAGGUUAUAAAAUCCCUCAAAUUGAAAACUUGGGUGCUACUUUAGAUCAAUUUGAUACAAUUGAUUUCUCUGAUAAUGACAUCAGGAAACUAGACGGCUUUCCUUUGCUUAAACGGCUGAAAUGUUUAUUACUAAAUAACAACAGACUUGUGAGAAUAAGUGAAAAUAUGGAACAAUAUAUUCCAAACUUGGACACACUGAUAUUGACUAACAACAAUAUUUCAGAACUUGGUGAUUUAGAUCCACUGGCUACUCUACCAAAAUUGAAAACUCUCUCACUGAUGCAUAAUCCAGUUGCAAAUAAGCAGCAUUACAGAGCAUAUCUAGCAUACAAAAUGCCAGAAUUACGAUUGUUAGACUUCAGAAAAAUUAAACAGAAAGAAAGGGAAGAGGCUAAUAAUUUAUUCAAAAGUAAAAAAGGCAAAGAAAUACAGAAAGAAAUUACAAGGAAAGCAAAAACAUUUGUGCCUGGUGGUAAUAUGCCAGAUCCUAAAGUGACCAACCUAACUCCACAAGAAAUACACAAAAUCAGGGAGGCAAUCAAAAAUGCAUCUUCUCUUCAAGAGGUUGAGAGGUUGACAAGGAUGUUACAGUCUGGACAAAUUCCUGGACAAAAACCUUUACAACCCCAAAUACAAAGCAAUGGUCAACAAGAUGACGAAGAGAUAGAGAUGGACCAAACAAAUGGACAGUAACGCAAAAGAUAAUAAACUAAAAAGAACAGACACCUUAUUUACGUUGUAAAGGCAGAUACUACUUGCUAAUUUCUUUAUUUCUAUUAUUAAUAUACUUAAGAUAAACUAAGCUGGUAAGAACAGAAUAUGACUACUAC